AUGGUUCAAUCCCAACAACAACAACAGACAGAAAAUAACGAUCAGUGUAAAAAGAGAUCAGCAAAUCAAGAAGAACCAACCAUCAUCAUUGACAAUGAUAAUAACAAUACACAACAACAACAACAACAACAACAAAGUAGAGAUGAUCUACUACCCGUUCAUCAAUUAAAGAAACAAAGAAAUAAUAAUAAUACUGUACACAAUAAUACUAAUACAACUAAAAAGAGUAAAUCUCAAAAGAAUUCUACUACUUCUUCUUCUUCAUUCAGUAAACACAAUAAUAUACCAGAUUACCCUGCUUCUUUUCCACCUCCACCAACUACUAUAGUAGUAAAUAAUAAUGAUAAUGUAAAUAGAAUAUUAAAAGAAUCAGUUAUUAAAAUGAAUGUAAAGAUUAGACAGAUCAAUGAAAUGAGAUACCGAGAUCAUAAAGCACCUGCUCCAAUCUUAAAAUACUCUCUACUCUACUCUACUCUACUACUUUAUCUCAAAAUGAAUCUUCCAGAAAAAUACGACGCUACCAAGACCAACAUUACCAGUCAACUCUACAAGUACUUGAUUGACCAAUCAGUAAAGUUGGUUCCAGCCCAAAAGGAAUUGGUUGAAUUCACUCAAACUCAUUCAAAGAACAUGAUGUUGAGUUCACUCGAUCAAUGUAGUUUCUUCCAAUUCUUGAUGAAGAUUUUAAAUGCCAAGACCACCAUUGACGUUGGAGUCUUUACCGGUUACUCUUCAUUAAGUGUUGCACUCGCUCUUCCAAAGGAUGGAAAAGUAUAUGCUUUGGAUGUUUCUACUGAGUUUACGGACCUUGCUCUUCCAUACUGGGAAAAGGCUGGUGUAAGAGAAAAGAUUGAAUUAAUUAUUGCUCCAGCUGCCGAAUCACUUCAAAAGUUACUUGAUCAAGGAAAGGCUGGUACUAUUGAUUUCAUCUUUAUCGAUGCCGACAAGCCAGGAUAUGAUGUCUACUAUGAAUUGGGUCUCAAACUUAUUCGUAAUGGUGGUAUCAUUGCUUUUGAUAAUGUUCUUCAAGAUGGUCGUGUUUUAGAUGAGGAACAACUCAAGACCAAUGAAAAUGUUGCUGCCAUCAACAAGUUGAAUGCCAAACUCUUCAAAGAUGAUAGAGUCAUCAUUUCCAUGCUACCUGUUGCUGAUGGUCUAACUUUGGUUACCAAGAAAUAA